CUCACACAGCCGGCGGCGGUAUUUGGAUCUGUAGUCACUCAACAAGAAAAAAAAAGCGGCGGAAAUUUACCCAAAACAUGAAUGGUGUGACCCAGAUGCUUGUUUGCAAAAUAUGCUCAUCAUCUCUGCCCCCACCCCCACACACACACACACACCUCUCUCUCUCUCUCUCUCUCUCUGUGGCUGCUCUUUUUUUCCAUGCCUGUGUUUUCACAGUAGUCCCGCCCCCUUUUAGCUCACUUUGCAGUCGCUACUGAGAACGCCGCCCCCUUUCUCUCUCCCUCUCUCUGUCUCUCUGUCUCGCUCUCUAUUUACUUCCUCGUACCUGGGACAAGGCACUGCACACAGCAGCGCUCCUCCGAUACAAGCUCUUGGGGGUUUUCAGUGAGAGUUCCAGGGACGAUCGCCGCUGCUGAUUCUGUCUAUUCCGCUUCGCUUCGUCUUGGGCUGGUCACCUCUGUGGAUUUUUCAGCUGGUUCGGAGACGGGACCUUCCCUACCACAACUCCGGCUGCCUAACCCUGCUCUCCCCCCCAACCCCCACCCCCUUCUUCCAGCCCAGAAGCGCACGCCUAGCGAGAGGCUGGGGACGGCCGCCACUGGGCCAAGUUUAACGUGAAAACUUUGGACCGGUGUUUUGACUUACUCCUUGCGAGCGAUAGGAGAGGAGAGGAGAGGAGGGAGAGGAGAGGAGGGGAAGUCGGUGAAUAACUUCUCACGGCUGUGUUUGACAUGAGGUCGCCGGGGAUAGCUGGCUGUCUGUGCGUCCUGACCGCAUGGUUGACUCAUUUGGCCCUAGCCAUCAGUUCCAUGGACCCGGAGCGCUCGGAGCGAGAGGGUAGAUGUCAACCAAUAGAUAUCCCCAUGUGCCGGGACAUUGGCUACAACAUGACCCGAAUGCCCAACCUGAUGGGCCACGAGGAUCAGAGGGAAGCCGCCAUCAAGUUGCACGAGUUCGCCCCGCUGGUUGAGUACGGAUGCCACAGCCACCUCAAGUUCUUCCUGUGCUCUCUCUACGCCCCCAUGUGCACCGAGGAGGUGUCCAUCCCUAUCCCCGCCUGCCGGGUGAUGUGCGAGCAGGCCCGCUACAAGUGCUCGCCCAUCAUGGAACAGUUCAGCUUCAGGUGGCCCGAGUCGCUGGAUUGCAGCAAACUCCCCAACAAGAACGACCCGAACUUCCUCUGCAUGGAAGCGCCGAGCAACGGGUCGGACGACCCGACCCGGGGAGCAAGCGCCUUCCCUCCCAUCUACAGACCGCACCCCAGAGGAGGAGCGGGGGGCUCACAGGACACAUACCAUAUCCCCAAAGAGAGCCCGGGCAAAACGCUCUGCGAGAACUCGCACAAGUUCCACCGGGUGGAGAAGAGCGCGUCGUGCGCGCCUCUCUGCUCCCCCAACGUGGAUGUCUACUGGGCCACCCACGACAAGGGCUUCGCUUUCGUCUGGAUCGCCAUCUGGUCCAUCUUCUGCUUCUUCUCCAGCGCCUUCACCGUCCUCACUUUCCUCAUCGACCCGCAGCGCUUCAAGUACCCCGAGAGACCCAUCAUCUUCCUCUCCAUGUGUUACUGCGUCUACUCUGCCGGCUACAUCGUGCGCCUGUUCGCCGGCAGGGAAAGCAUAGCCUGCGACAGGGACAGCGGGCACCUCUAUGUCAUCCAAGAAGGGCUGGAGAGUACGGGCUGCACCAUCGUCUUCCUGGUGCUGUAUUACUUCGGCAUGGCCAGCUCUCUCUGGUGGGUCGUCCUCACCCUCACGUGGUUCUUGGCUGCCGGCAAGAAAUGGGGCCACGAAGCCAUCGAAGCCAACAGCAGCUACUUCCACCUCGCCGCCUGGGCGAUCCCAGCCGUCAAGACCAUCAUCAUCUUGGUGAUGAGGAGAGUGGCCGGGGAUGAGCUGACCGGGAUCUGUUACGUGGGGAGUAUGGACGUGAACGCGCUGACCGGGUUCGUGCUAAUCCCUCUCGCUUGUUACCUGAUCAUCGGCACCUCCUUCAUCCUGUCCGGCUUCGUGGCGCUUUUCCACAUCCGACGGGUGAUGAAGACCGGCGGCGAGAACACGGACAAGUUGGAGAAGCUGAUGGUGAGGAUAGGAGUCUUCUCCGUCCUCUACACCGUGCCCGCCACCUGUGUCAUCGCGUGUUACUUCUACGAGCGCCUCAACAUGGACUAUUGGAAGCUGUUGGCCACCCAAGAGAAGUGCAGGAAGGACAAGCACUCGAAUGACCUGGACUGCACCAUGACCAGUUCCAUCCCAGCAGUGGAGAUCUUCAUGGUGAAGAUCUUCAUGCUUCUGGUGGUGGGCAUCACCAGCGGGAUGUGGAUUUGGAGCUCCAAGACCUUGCAGUCUUGGCAGAACAUCUGCAGCAAAAGGUUCAGGAGGAGGGUGAGGAGGAAGCCCGCCAGCGUUAUCACGAGUAGCGUCGGGGGGUCUUACGGCAAGGCCCACCCUCCCUUGAAACCGCACGGGAAAUACGAACCCGCUCUGCCACCAACUUGCGUCUGACCUCGUAUCAAUCCCGCUCCUUCCAACUUCUGAUUCGGGAGACAUCCUGAGAUUCAGGGGGGGACAUUUGGCCGUACACACCAAACAAAAAAAGACCCCCCCCCCC